AUGGACACCAGACAGCCAGGAAAGAAACGAAAAAUCAGCACUGGCUCAGACUCGAGGAGCCAGUCUCCGGUGUCUCACCGAACUCGACAAGGCCUGGCUCCGGUAUUGGAGCAAUCCCUUGACCCCAAAGCAGCUUCAUAUACGCCGAGGAAGCCGAGAAAGAAAGUGCGCUUUUCCGAUCCGGGCCCUCGGCUGCAUGAUGUCGAUGUUGGCUCGACUGGUCUAACCCCUGCGAUGCAUCGCACCUCCUUUAACGAAGCAAGUCUGGGGUCAUCAAGAUCUGGGGACCGCACGCCCACCCGUCGAGGACGGCGGAGAUCAGCUCCAAUCCCGCGGUAUCUUCGUUGCUCAUUCGACCCAGUGUCUCCUUAUGACGAAACAUGCACAGAACGAGUGAUGCAGUUCACUCCAUUGCGCCAGAUCUUGGACACUCGCACCCAGCGAAGGAUCCGGCGGACUGGUCUGAGUGAUGAAAUCAACCAUAUUGAGCGACAAAAGCGGGAAACGGCCAACUUUGAUCGGUCCUUGCAAACUCUUAUUCAAGAGCGGGAUACUUUGAAGCAUGAGUUGAAUACGUUGAGGCAAAAUCACACAGCCCUGGAAGACCAAAGCUCGGCCGCCGAGGCGUUUUGGCUAUCGCCCCAGGUCCGUCUUCAGGAGUUGGAGGCUGAGAUGAGCCGACUUCGCGACGAAAUUUCUGUGUGUUCCAAUCAUAGUCUUGAUGACCGGAUCUCGUCUGCCAAUGGCGAUGGAGACACUUUCACGCUCAACGACAGCGCCGUUCUUGUGUCCAACUCCCCGGAUCUUCGUGGUACCAUUGAUUCUGGCCCGCCAAUAUCGGAUAGCCUUGCACUGUUUGGUCGAGACGCAAAUGCCCAUGAUUCAACUGAGCCUACUGCUUGGGACAAGACGGGAGAAUCUGACAUCCAUGCUCUCAGUCUCGAUCUAGAGGCUGCUAGAAAAGAAAAGAAGGACCUUUUCCAUGCUUGUCGAUCUCGCAUCUCUGGUCUCAAUGAUCCUACCCUGAGUGGCAUCCUCCGUCAGCCCUCCCCACCGCCAGACUUCUUCGACAGUGUUCUUGAUAUCUUGACCAUGGCUCUGUCCCGCGCUUCCGAUGCCACCAGUGCCCUUGAAGGAAUCAAUCAAGAAUGUUCCACCUUGGGGUUUGCGGGCACUGAUGCAGACGAUGCGAUUACCGAUAUUCGAAGCCACUUCCGCUCAGCACGCCUCGAGCUUGAGCGUGCUCUCCCUGGCGAAACAGCAGGCAUUGGCCUCGAAGAUGGGAAAGCCACUCUGAGCGAGCUUGUGAGGCGUGUCGCAUCGCUCACGAAGGAUCUGGGAACUGAGCGCAAACAUCAUCACGGCUCGCUUGGUCGUGAAAAGGCUUUGCGAGGACAAUUUGACACUUUACUACAUCGAUACGAAUCGGCGGCAAAUAAAAUCGGCGGUCUCGAGGAAUCAAUCACGUCCUCGGCAAGCGAUAUGCUCCAUACCCGCAUGCGAAUGCACGACCUCGAACGCGAAGGCCAAGAACAGGCCAUUGGGAUUGACAGAUUAAACGCGGCCCUGAAGAAGUAUCGUGACGAUGUAAAGGGUCUUGAAGAGCUGGUCAGCACCUUGGAACGGGAGAACCUAGUGGCUAAAGACGAGUCUGCGCAGCAAAUCUCCGACCUUAAGCUCAAAUUGGCUGAUGAACGACGCCGGCGCUCGGCCGUUGAGGCCUCUGCUUCCGGAAACGACUCGCGCAUCCGAGAACUAGAGGAGACCCUCGAACAAAACCGGAUUCGGGUCUGUGACCUGACGGCCCAAGUCGAGUCUCUGGAGAAGGAGCACCAGAGGGCAGUCGAGCGCCUGGACCAAAAGGCACACGAGCAGCUGCAACAUCAUGAAGAGGAGGCUGGUACCCUCAACGUCCGCAUCUCGAAUCUCACCACAACCCUCGAAGAGACCAGGUUCGAGGCCCGCCGUCUCCGCCAGGUCACUGCCGGCCUCGAGGAGCAGCUCCAGCUGGAAAUCGAAGCUCGGAAUGAUCUCCUAGACAAAUGGGCUGCGGAUCAAGCCUGCUCCUUUGCCUAUAUGAAGGAUGUAGUCCGUUCUGAGCGCCGAAGAUCCAAAGUGCGCGCCGCGAACUGGGAACUGAAAUCGGACGAUAUCAUGUCGGAUGGCACCACGCCCACCGGUAGUGAGCCCAUCACUCCGGUCAGUAUGACGAGAUUCGUUGAUGUCGAGGUGGGGAGGGGGAAAAAUCGACGUCGCAUGGAUAGCGGAAUCGGAAUUCUUUCGGAGGAAGAGCUCCUGGAGCGCGAGGAUAUCUCGGAGCUGCGUCGGGGACUUGAUUCAGACAUUGAUCUGCCUACGUCAGAUUUGAUGUGA